AUGUCCUAUAGGGAUCCCUAUACUACAGAGUCGUAUCUAUCUGGUCUCUCCAUCUCCAACAACACAGUCCACCACCCCAGCACCGCCUCUCAACCCGAUACCACUGCACCAUCCACAGCGAGGCCGUUUAACUUGUACGGCGCUUUCGGAGAGACCCAGCUUCAUACCAAAGCUGACAUUCUCAGCCUGUCAUCUGCUACUCCCUCGGUACCUACUAAAUCAUCCACGCCCUUCUUGCAUGAAGCGGCGUACGGCCAACAAAUGGCUUUCCAACCUGAAUCAUCCUCGUCCGCCCCAUACACCGCUCCAUACCAGCAUGUCAACCCAGCAGACCUUCGAUUAUCCCCACAGCAUGCCACGACGGUCCACGAAGCACAAACAAACAUCGUAACCAACACACCAAAUCAACAACACAACACCCCAGCGCGGGGGAUGUCCAGGCUUGUUAUUGCCGAGGGAGAGAGGCCAGGGCAGAGGAGCUCGCCGUAUGACAAAGGGAAAGAGAGGCCGAGGUCGAAGAGCAUGGUGGAGCAAUCUGGGAGCGGAAAUCGCAAGGCGACGCCGAAUAGCUCGGGCAGGAGAAACAGGGAGAGAAGAGUAACGGGAGAUGCUGUCCCCAUAUCCCUUCCCGUCUUCCUACCUCAACUACAGCAGCAAGAACCUUCCUCUGCUUACGAACCGCCUGAAUCCAUGUCCAGUCAAGCGGCCAAUAUCUCCUCCCUCCACCACGCCAUCGCCCGAUUCUACCGCGCCUCUCGUAGUACUCAGCACUCUCACGAAGAAGCAUACAACCAAAUCAUGGAUAUAGUCUUGAAAGCAUCUGCGGCUUCUAGAAGAGUUUGGGAUGGAGAGUGGAUCGGGCCUUCGGUGGAUCAGAGCACCGAUCAAGCAGUGGGAUGGGGAGGUAUCGCAGAUCUGGCAUCGCCGCCACCCAAAUUUACAUCACAAGCACCCACGCUUCCUUCUUCUCUCGAUAUGACCAGUCGCGGAGGUCAAUCGUCUUCUAUUCAGCACCCAGCGCCACUUGAGACUAUCUGGCAAGACGACCCCGCUGCCACUCCUCAUCUAUCAACAUCCACCAUCAGCCAGAGCGCCAUCCCUCCGAAACAGCACGGUCGAUCUGUCUCUCUCCCUGUCCCACAAGCGACGCACCAGCAAGUCUUCCAGCCUAUGCUUUCCAAUAUUCCAGUGGAUAGUGGACCGCAAUACUCCCAGAAUGCUGUACUCCCCCGACCACCAGUCCAAUCAACUCCUCCUACGGCACACAUCGAUGCCCAACUCGCGUCAAACAUCAAAAUCGCUGGCGACGCCGCCUACGCCAAUGUUUGUAAAAGCGCCUCCUCUCUGCCAGCAAAUACCCAAGAGCGCAUCAACACAGCUGGCCUGGAAGCUGCCAAUAUCAUGUUGGAGGAUUUUCACCCAGUAUACCGGGAUGCGGUGUUGCGCUGGACGGAGCUGGGGUGUGCAGAGGAUGUUGCUUCCGAACGAGGAAAGUAUGAAGUUGAUGUGCAUGGCGCCGGAGCAGUGCCCUCAACGGUCUAUCCCACUCCUGGUCUGAGCAGCGGCCCCUCAUCCAUCCCACUACCAAACGUAUCCGGAUCUACAGCAGCCCUGUCAUUCAAGCUCCCCAACAACGACGCCCAUCGUUACAUGACAGCCUUCCUCAUCGACAACGUCAUCCAAAGAUUCAACAUUGGCAACUACAUCCCCAUCGGCUUUCUACCACCCUUCAUGAUGACUGGCACUCCCGUCAACUCACUCGAGGAGGCCUUGGACCCGAAAUUGGGGUGGUUCUGGAGUGAAGAAGAUGUGCUUCGGGUGACGGAGGUUCUAGCGCGGGAAGCGUUCGGGACGAAGAAUCUGGAUGGGCUGUUGAUGCACUACCUCAGCGACGUUGUUGGAUCGCCCCAUGAUGAAGCGGCAGCUGGGAGAGUGAGCAGUCUUCAUCCUCAGAAUCGGGUGGAACUCGGGUCGCUUGCGGUGAACUGUUGGAUGGACGAGCUGCUUGGGAUGUAUAGGGAGAAAAGCGUGGAAAAGAUAGGGACGAUGGACGAUUGGAAUGAGAGGGAGAGAUAUAUGUUGGAGGCGAGGAGAAAGAUCGUGGAUAGUGUGAGUAGGGAACUGGUUCUGAAUCGAAAAGUGGAUUAA